CCGUUUCCUGGCUGCCAUCUCCAUCCCCAUCGCCAUCCCAUCGCCACCCCCAUCCCGAUGUGGCCGGCUCGGUUCGCACCUCUUGCUGACCCACGGUUUGUUCAUUUUACGAAUAUGCAGGUUGCGCAUACUGCAAGGAAAAGGUACACAACCACAAUGAACCACAACCGCAUCCAUGACCACAUCCCACAUCCGCAGCCACCACCACAACACAACAAAAAAAAUCCCAAUCCAAACACCAAACACUCGGCAUCCGACACCCUGCCCUUCCCCCCUUCUUCAUCCUCUUCGACGUCCGCAUUCUAACAUCCGUCCCUCGGCGAGGGUAAAACAGAAGAAAAAGUGCGACGAAAACAGGCCGGAAUGCUCCCGCUGCGUCGAACGCGGUCAGAAAUGCGUCUACGAGCCAGUCAAGCCCCGCCAACGCAAGAAGCGCGAUUCGAACGCUGGACACUAUGACGAUGAACAAUCCCCCGAAGCCCAUCUUCCGUUUCUUAGACUCGAUACCGGUACACUGGAUCUCCCCCCGGCCGUCGCAGGCCUGGCAGGCGCCCAGAAAGAAGACGACCAUGACGGGGAUGGCCCGUCGGUAUCCAUGAUAGAGGACGUUGCGGACGUUGCGGACGUUGCCAGUCUCGCCAGUCCCCUCGGCUCGCAAUGGGCCACCUCUUCCGCCAUCGAUUCUGAUGCCGCCCUCGUCUCUCCCUUCGACAUGCCCUUUCACCUCUCCCUUCAGGACAACGACGACGGCCAAGUCGACGAGGAGAUUGUCAGAACAAGCCCUCUUCCCCUUCCUCAGCUAGCCGUCUCCCGAAUGGCCCGAGCCCAUCAUCACCCGGACUUGGCCAUGAUAUCACCCGCACCUCUUGGCUCUCCCCAUCUCGAGUUCGUACUGCCCGUCUUCAGCGAGUUCUCCGACUGUUCCAGCCGCCGCGCCCUCAUUGAUCACUUCGCCAACGUAUUGUCGCACCUCAUCGUCCUCCGCGAAACCGAAUCGGGGAAUCCCUUCCAACAGCUUGUCCUGCCCCUUUGCCAUAGAAGCACCGUAGUGCAGAACGCCAUAUUUGCCUUGUCAAGCGCCCACCUGGAGCAUCGCCAACGGGGGAACGAGAAAGGCGACGAGAAGUCGCUGUACUUCCACAAUCAAGCGAUUCAAGGGCUAGCCCGGCUCAUCGAAAUGGGGUCCAAGGCCAACCGGGAAGAUCUUUUGGCUGCUAUCAUGCUGCUGGUGUACUAUGAAGUGUUGGUCCAACGGGGCCGCUCCAACAUUGUGGACGGGCAUCUGAAAGGUGCCAUGACCGUCAUGACCCAGAACGACCAGGCACCCACAGCAACAAGCGCAUUCCUGGAACGUGCAUUCCGGUUCUACGACGUGAUUGCUGCCCUUUCGUUUGGCAAAGCACCCAUAUCGACAGCUCCCGCUGCCGGCUGUCUGCACCCUGUGCCUAACCUCGACCCCUUAGACACCAGCCCAUCCAACAGCGUCGAUACUCUCCUGGGUCUUUCCACCACCCUGUGGCCCAUUCUCCACCGUCUGUCGAACCUCCUCUCCUUGAAGAACGAGCUCGAAUCCGCCCUAGCGGCACCGUCUCUCAACACGGCUAAACUGGCCGUCCUCCGAACCGAGUUUCAAACGACGUCGGACGCCGUCGAAUCAGCCUUGGAGAAUUGGCGGCCGUCGUUGCCGCCAGGGUGCCAUCUCGGGGAGUUUGGCGUCUAUGACGGCGCCACCAUGGGGGCCGGGCCAUCCCCGCUCCAUACCCCGGACAGCGCCCACCUGCAGAGCGUCCUCCACAAUGCGCUGGCCUACCGGCACAGCGCCUUCGUGCACCUGUACCGCACCAUCCACGGCCAUGCGAGGAACCACCCGUCGGUGCAGCGACAUACGCAUAUCAGUCUACGGCACUGCGUCGCCACGGUGACCCGUGGUGGACCCGUGGCGGCGCUCCUCUGGCCGCUGUUCGUGGCGGCCUGCGAGGCGGUGAGCGCCGAGGACCGGGAGCUCGCGCGGCAGGCGUUCAUAGCCAUCGAUCAACGUCAGGGCAUGACGAACAUCGAGAGGGGCUGGAUCAUCGUCCAAGAAGUGUGGCGGCGGUCUGAUUUCAUGGAUGGGGAGGGGAGUCUAGGGGUGGCGGAUCUGCCGCGGAACGUCAGGCGCGCGGGGUUGACCGUGGGACCGGACCUGUGGCGGAGGGUAAGCGAGGAUAUGGGCGUUACUAUUGUUUUUGGGUGAACCGGUGUGGUGUGAAUGGGAUGUUUGGGGGGGGGCUGGGCGUCCAUCUUGUUUGAUUGAGAUGUUCUUUCUCGUUUUUUUGCUUCCUUUCUGUUUGGUGGGGAAAACUUGUUGGGAACAGGGACACAGUCUGUUGAGCAUG